AUGCGUUUGUUUGGAGCUAGCCUGUUUGUUUUGAAGGCGAUAAUAUGGCUUCCCAUUGCUGUCUAUGUCCCAGCUUUAACCUUCAAUCAAGUGUCAGGAAUUGGAAUCCACACCAUCACACCCAUUGUGGUCAUAAUCUGUACAUUCUACACCUGCGUGGGCGGAAUUAAGGGCGUGGUCUACACGGAUGUCGUUCAGAGUGUUAUUAUGUAUGGAUCCCUCAUCGUGAUUAUGAUUAAAGGAACCUUGGAUUUGGGUGGCCUAGGAAAUGUGUGGCGUAUUAAUCAAGAAGGUGGACGCCUAAAUACCCCCGAAUGGACUAUGGAUCCCACAGUUCGUCUGAGUGUUUUCUCUGUUUUUGUGGGUGGAACUUUCUUUAAGCUGCAGAGCACCUCGAUCAAUCAGGCCACCGUUCAGAGAUUCAUGUCUUUGCCUUCAUUGAAAGCCAUCAAACAAACGCUGUUUACCUUCUCCAUUGGACUUACCAUGCUCUAUAUGGGAUGCGUCUAUGUGGGAUUGGUUUGCUAUGCCACCUAUUAUGACUGCGAUCCCAUGUCUACAGGACUUGCUGGACGUCGAGAUCAGUUGGUUCCUCUGCUGGUGAUGCGUGUUUUGGGAGUUGUUCCUGGACUGCCAGGUCUUUUUGUGUCUGCCGUUUUUAGUGCUGCCUUGAGCUCUUUAUCAACGCUCCUUAACUCCCUGGCCGCCGUAAUCCUGGAGGUCUUUGUAAAACCACGAAUGGGCAAAUCGAUGAAGGAGAGUCACGUGGCUCUGACCAUGCGGGUGGUGGUGGUGACCUUCGGCAUUAGCUCCAUUUUCAUGGUCUAUGUGGUGGAGAAACUGGGCAUGGUGCUGCAGCUGUCGGCAACGCUCCAGUCGAGUUUAUAUGGACCGAUGUUGGGCAUUUUUACCGUGGGAAUGCUGAUGCCUUGGGUUGGCGAAAAGUGCGUUUUUGUGGGCAGCAUUUGUUCUUUUGCCACCAUGGCCUGGAUAGCGGUUAAUGCUCAAAUUGCCAAUAUUACCGGUUCAUUCCGACACACCAAAUUGCCCGUUUCGGUGGAGAAUUGUGAAUACGAUUUCGAUAUGAGUCGCUACCUCAACUCCACUUCGGAAUACCUCACCAGGGCACUUCUAUAUAUCCACAUGUCAUUCCUUUUAUAUGCCAUGUUGGGAGCCCUGCUAACCAUUGUUCUUUCUAACUUGGCCACUUUUGUUUUUGGACGUCAGAAUAUCAAGGAUGUGGACGAGAAUCUAUUGUCUCCUUUUGUUCAGCGCUACCUGCGAAAGAACAAUUACUACGAAACUGUGGAGCUCAAGAAGGUGGAUGUUCCAAAGCUCAGCGAAAGUUCCGAUUAGGCAGCUAUAAUGGAUUGUUACCAUUUUUA